GUCGACGAAGAGCUCGAGCAGGAGAAGGAGGAAAAGGAGGAGAAGCCUGGGUUAUUGGAGGAGGAGGAGGAAGACGACGAUGCAGAGGUGACGCCGAAUGAAGGCGCAGAGGACACCAUCACCAUUAUGGCGCAUGUGCGGGACAAGAUCAUCCCGGUGCACUGCGGUUUCGGCACGCAGCAAGUGGUGUGGCUGGGUCACGUGGCCAUCGCUCGCUAUGACGAGGAGGGCGAGGCGCAGGGGUGGAUGGAGCUGGGCAUCCCCACGAAGACCACCAAGGACGGCAAGCGCGAGCUUGGGCUCACGGACGUGAUCUGCGACGUGCUACAGGAUCGGAACCACGUCUGCAUCUCCACCUCACUAGGUUGAGCAGCUACGAAGAUGCGAAGGAAAAAGAGAUCAAGACACCUGAUUGCUUGACUCCGGAGUUGCUGUGACUGCUGUUGUGUUAGGAGGACGACGCCGUAUCGCGAGGUACUGAGCUAACGGACUGCUUACCGCCGUUCCUGCCUUUGUUGGAGCUUGUGCAGGGCGCGUUGGCGAAAUGUCUACGAUAGCAAAUACUUAAUAUAUUGUAUUGGUUUAGUUCGU